UCAGUGGAGCAGGCAUGGGAAAGUUCUCCCCACUUUUUCCGAUUACAUCGAUUCUUUUUAAAGAAGGCAGACACAAAACGACGACUCGAGCUGCAGACCGCUGCUGUCAGGAGCGGAGGGUGACAUUAAAAGUAGCCUACACUGAGUGCUGAGGCCAGCAAGCCAAGAAGGAGACAAACCCCGCUUCACGAGAGAGAAAGGAGCAGAGGAUGUCCAGAGCUGACUGGUCCUUCCUGGAGCACCUGCUGGAGGAGGGCCAAGAGUAUUCGACAGGCAUUGGCCGUGUCUGGCUCACCGUACUCUUCCUGUUCCGCAUGCUGGUACUGGGAACUGCGGCCGAAUCUGCCUGGGAUGACGAACAAGCUGGCUUUGUCUGCAACACGCUACAACCCGGCUGCCCUGCUGUGUGCUACGACAGAGCCUUCCCCAUAUCCCACUUUCGCUACUUUGUCCUCCAAGUCAUCUUCGUCUCCACGCCGACCAUCUUCUACUUUGGAUAUGUGGCUAUAAGGGCUGGGAAGGACAAGAAAAAGCAGGAGGAACAGGCAGAAGAAGGCAAUGGUGGAAGUAAGAGAGGAGAAACUGUAGUAGAAAGGGACAAUAACAAUGUGACCAAAGACAAUGCAGAAGAGAAGGAGAAACAAGAGGAUGGUGGGAAAGGUAGAAAAGCUGACAAGGCUCCUCCUGAUGCUCCUAAACUGAAAGGCAGGCUGCUGUGUGCAUAUGCAUUCAGCAUCCUGUUAAAAGUCCUUCUAGAAGCUGGCUUCAUCGUAGGGCUGUGGGUCGUUUACGAUGGCUUUUUCAUUGCAGCAAGGUUUGAGUGCACGGGGUUCCCUUGUCCUCACACGGUGGACUGCUUUGUCUCUCGACCCACGGAGAAGACCAUCUUCACCAUCUACACUCAGGUGAUCGCAUCCAUCUCCCUGCUCCUCAACCUGGUCGAGCUCCUCCACCUCCUCCAGCUUGCCAUCUCCCAUCGGCUGGAGAAACGCUACCGUACCCAGCGCUACCUACCUCGGUCACAGCAGGUAACAGCCCGACAGGAGACUCCAGAACUCCAAAUGGAAACGCCACAGUCUUACAAAGCAGGGAGCCAUGUUAACCUCCCCAUCCAGGGGGAGGCUACAUGCCACCCCAACCCCUGUGAGAGCUACGGGGAUCUGGCGAUUGAGGUGAACUGGGGACCUGGGAAGGCUGAGAGUGACCUGCUUCCCAGUUAUGUGAACUGCAUGGGGGCUAUGAGGACAACUCAUUCCCCUAGAGUCCAUUAUAAACAACACACACAGUCACACCACACUGAGAAAAACACUAAGGGUGCCCAUAAAGGAAAGUCAAAUCAGAAGCAUUAUGUAUGACCCAGUCUGAUAGGGCACUAUGUUGUUUAUGACUAUGAAUAUAUAAUAUUUGUUUAGUUUCUGAGUCUUCCAGUUUUUUAUAAGUACUAUCCUGCACAUGACACUUGACUAUCAGGAGCGCACAGUGAGAGCUCAAAUGAAGAAGAACAACUAUUACGCUGUGAACCUGAUGCCUCAGAGAGGCAGGCAGACAUUCAACUAGAGAUUUACCAGAUAAAUGGACCUAUUCAAAAUGAAAAAUUUUGAGAACACUCCCCAAGGCAAAGAAAAUUAGACUCUACAAUGAGAGAAAAUUACAGUCAUAAGAUGCCUUCAUGUUACAUCUAAUGACUUUUAGUGCUGAAUAUGACAGUGAAAAAAAACACUGAAAAUGAGAGACUGCGGAGGAGCUGCGGAUAUUGUGUGAGUGUGUAUGGGAGAGUACGCAGUAGAACCACAUUUAAGCAUAUUCCUCUGAGAUUUGCACUGUAACCCCUGGAGCUCUGUGAAGCCCCCUCCUCUCCCCAUGGCUGUGUUCACACUGUGGAAUGUACUGGACUCUGGGUCCUGCUCAUAUCCCAAGAGAAUAAUGGCUGCGUGGAUGCAGGCAUGCAUGCAUGCACACACACAAAAAAAAAGUCUCCUUUCAUCCAGUGAGUUUUGGUCACUUGAGUUGGGGAUAUGAACUGGAGAAGGCAUGGGUAAACAGAAGGGGAGCCAAACCAGGGGAAUUCUGGGAUUGUAAAUGACUUAUCGUUGCCAGUAACCAUUGUAUUUUAGCUAUGAGGAAUGAGGGAGAGAGAGUAAGCAUCCCAUUUAAAAAUGAAAAAUGUAGAGAGCUUGAGGGAGAACUCAAAAGAUGCAUUAGUGAUUGCACAUUGAAUGGACUGAAAGCGGUACAGAAAUGUGCAAACUUAAUGAGAGGAAAUGACUAAUUAUGUGAAAACUGUAUUUAAUGUUUAAAGUAUUGUGAAGAAAUAAAAGUGUUAAUAUUUA